ACGUCCUGUCCAACGGUUAAAGAAGGGAGGGGCUUGUACUGUUUACUACCUUGUAAGUUUCAAUUCAGAGUACGUUGAUGUGAGACCCUUAAGUGUUCUCCAUAAUGUCAGAGAUUCUGUUGAACCCAGAUGCAAAACCGAGACUGAAAGACAUAAAUAAGUAUGUGAGGCCAUAUGCCAAAGAAAGGUGGUACGACAUUGGGAUAGAGCUAGAGGUAGGAGAUGACGAGGGAAAGUUGCUGGAUGACAUAAAGAAAAGGAACGACAGAAAUGACCUAGACUGCUUCUUGGAAAUGAUAACUGUGUGGGUACGCUCUGGUUUGACAAGUGUAUCUUGGAAGACUCUCCUACAAUGCUUGAGAGAACUUGAAUUGCAGGAAGCAGUAGCCUCACUUGAAAGUAAAAUCCAAGUGUCAGCUACUCAGCCACCUGGCACAAUAACAGAAGUCGUUGGCAAUACAAUGGCUACCCAGCAGGAACAAGACAGCCAAGUUGACAUGCAAACGAAUACUAGCUCUACUCAAACGUCCCGAACACUCAACACAUCUGUCAAUGUUCCACUGAUUCCCAUGUGCAUUGAAGUAACACAAAUGGUCCCCCAAAUAGCUGUUUCAAAUCCACCUGAAUCUGUAUCUGCUAGCUCAGCUGGUUAUUCCUCUAGCAUGGACUGUGAAGCUCCUAGCUGUGAGCCAAUCCCUACUGGUUAUCAACUAAAACUCCCAGAAGGACAUGAGAUUCGAGAUUAUCAACAGGAGCUUGCUGAGCCUGGAAUUAGGGGUGAGAAUUACAUCUUUGUAGCUCCAACUGGUAGCGGGAAAACACUUGUAACAGCUAUUAUUAUUACGGAGCAUCUGAAAAAGGUACAAGCAUCGGGUGAUAUCGCUAAAGUGGUUUUCUUGGUCCACACAAAGCCACUAGCCGAUCAGCAAUGUGCAAGUCUGCAAUCGUGUGUCCAUGGGGCUCAGGUAGAAUGCAUUGUGGGGGACAGUAUCGGCACAAUAAAAGAUGCACUUAUCCAAUGUGAAAUUGUGGUUUGUACGACCGGGAAAUUCCUCGAUGAGCUAAAUCGCGACAUGGUCAGAUUAGCUUUACCGUCAGAAGCUCAAGCCGACGAAACCAAAAUUACCUUAGUCAUAAUGGAUGAGUGUCACCAUGCACGGAAGUCAUCAUUACAAGCACAGCUUAUGUUCCACUACAUUCGUCGCAAGCUCGAAGAUCCUUCAGCACAGCUGCCUCAAAUUGUUGGUCUUACAGCUUCACCUGGUGCAGGUGAUAAUCCAAACUUGGACACGACAAAAACAAUUGACCAUUUAGUCAACCUCUGUGCUUUGUUAGAUGCUUCAGCUGGAAUAGUCACUGUUCAACAGAAUGUGGCCGAUUUGGAACGGUUUGUUAGGAAACCAACACUUAGCCGAGAAAUUGUUUCGAAUCGAGGUCAAAGCGAAACAUUUGUGUGCUUGAUCAAAGAAGAAAUGGUUAAACUUGAGCGACAUACACCUUUAAAGACUUCGUUUCCCAAAUGGUCUCAGAAAUACGAAACUGUCGCUUGUGAAACCAAGCAGCCACUAGAACUUAGCAAUAAUCCAACGUUCAGGGAUAAGAUUUCUACCCUCAGACUACUGGUUUGCUAUUGCCAAGCUCUGAACAUCUAUAUGGACUUAAGACAAGAAGAUGCCAUCAAGGUUCUAGAAGAUUUCAAGGACCUACCUGAUGAGGACCACAAUUCAACAAAGCAUGAGCAAACAUUAAAGAUAGGUCUCCACACCCUGACAUCUCAUCUGAAAACACUCCAGCCUGUAGAGAAUCCACUCCUACAAAGAGCUAAAGAAUGCAUCAAUGAGCAAUUUCAAAACAACACGAAAUCACGUGGAGUAUUCUUUGUACAGAAAAAACGUCAUGCUUAUGCUGUUUGCGAAUGGCUGCAGAGCCUCCAAUAUAAUUUUUUGAAGCCAAUAGUCAUUACAGGACAGGGUGGCAAUGGAAUGACACAAGCUGAUCAACAUGUUGCCAUGGAAAAUUUCCGGAGUGGAGAUAGCAACAUCUUAGUGGCAACUUCAGUUGCUGAAGAAGGACUAGACGUUCCUGCGUGUAAUUUUGUCAUCCGAUUUCAACAUGUCUCCAAUGAAAUUGCUACAGCCCAAACUCAGGGGCGAGCUCGGGCCGAAGAAAGUGAGGUGAUUACUAUUCUGUCAAGUGAUUCAUCAAUGAACAUGAAGGAAAUUCAGAAUUCAGAGCGCCUCGAGCUUGUCAACAAAAUCAUUACAAACAAUUGGUUCCCAAAAGGCAAAAUACUUCAUGAGAAGCUAAGAACGCAACAGACACUCGUAAUGCGCCAAAUGAACAUAAAAAAACUUUUACGUCAACAACGUCUGCAAAGUCGAUCUGGUGAUAGGGAACGAAUCAAGUUGCGGUGCAGGAAGUGCAAAACAAUAGCUUGCUUUGGUUCAGACAUAUAUACAGCUGAAGGCUCAUCACACCACGUUGUUCCAGGUGAAGAAAUAAAAGAUAAGCUGGUCAAGAAACCACAUCACAAGCCUGGCAAACUCGAUGAAUCUGUGAUCAAAACACACAAGAUCUACUGCAAGGCUUGUGAUGCUGACUGGGGAAUAAUGUGCAUUUGGCCAGUAGAAGGGUUUGAGUUUCCAGUCUUGAAAUGUAAAAGCUUUGUGUUCCAAAAUGGAACCACAGGUAGCUUGUUCCCUGUUGCACAAUGGUCCAAAGCCCCAUUUGAGCCAUUGCCUCUUGACGUAUGGAUUGCUGAACAUUUUCCGAGCCCCGAUUCCGACACUGACUAAUACGUAGGUAUUUAGCGUUGCUAGUGACAGACAAUUAGUGUCUCGAUCUUUUAAUUUGUUAACUAGAAUUUGCCUGAGUCAGGAAAAUAAAUCGUAUUAGUGGUAGACUCUAAUAUUGCACGGUUUGUGUGUUUUGUGCAUGUAAUGAGAUCCUAUUGUGUUCUGGGAAUAA